AAAUCAGACCAACCAUGAUCAUUAUAACCAACCUGAGAAGUUCUUAGCUUCCUUGCAUGCUUUUAGAUCCGAGGUUUCCAGAUUCAUAGGACAUUUAUCACUUGAUGUGUUGAAACCAGGAGGAGGACCGUCAUCAUCAGAGAUCUUGUUCUUGUCCUUGACAUGGAUUGAGAAGUGUUUUGGGAUCUUACCCUUCACAAACAAGGCUUUUGCAAAUCUUCUUGUGGAUAUAGAUUACCCUUUAAGUACAUGGGAGGUUGGUUCCAUUGAAGGGUAUCUCAGCUACAGUUUGUGUUUGUUGGAGAUUUUCAAUUCAAUUUCUUCAUCACUUUCUCAUCUUGCACAAUCAAGGCUUUCUCUUGUUCAUCGUUUAUCAGUUUUAGAAGAUUCUUCACUUCCAUCUUCUAUGGCAACAAAGCAUCUGAAACCAAUUGAGCCAUGUUGUUCCAAUUUCAAUGUCAAUUUUGCCAACGAAUUGAGCAAAGAAAGUGAUCAAGGAAGGAUUUUUAGUGGCAAAGAAUGGGUUGUUAGUGAAGCUUUGAAGGAAAUGAAGAGUCUUGGCUUUUGGGUAUGUGGGAUUUUGUUGUCUGGUUUGUGUAGUAAUAAUAAGCCAUAUAUGGAGUUAAGAGAAAUUUUAGGUGGCUUUGAUGGUUCUUUGGUUGUGACACUUGAUUCCAAGAUCAAUGAACAAAUAAUGGAGAAAAUUCCUGUGUUGAAGGAGGUGAAGGAGAUCAAUGAUUCUGUUGCUCAAGUUCUUCUUGAUGAUUCAGAUGUUGCUGCCAAGGAAAUGCAAACAAAGCUGCAAGUGUUGGAGAAUCUAUGUGAUGUUGUAAGAACUAUGGUGGAUGAUAUGUUCAACAAGGUAAUGACACAGAGAACUGAAUUAAUAGAUUGUCUUAGAUUGAAGAAAGGACCCAAAAAUUCUGUUGUUUGAUUGAUUGAUUUGAUUUCCUGUGUAUAGACUUAUAGUUUCAUAGGGUCUUUUAAGUUUUGUAAUGUUUUCAAAGUGUAUGAUCUUAAUUUAACAAGUAAUGUAAAUACUAAAGAUUUCAUUGCAUUAUAGAACACUAAUGUAGCCAAGGUGUUGUUCUUGUG